CUUAAUGGGAUCCGGUAUUCCAAAGAGGUGCUGUGUAUCGAGCCUGAUCUGGGAGAUUUGCGAAAGUCGACUGACAAAGCGCUGCCGGGACUACCGAAAACACCAAAGAGGGUCUUGAAGAAAUACCGGUUCUCUGCAGUAUUUCCUAUGGUACUAGCAAUUGUGAGUUUCGUCUUGACCUUGACAUUGGCUCUGGCGGGGCACGACGCACACACCUUUGGCGGGCAAUAUUUGGCAGCACUAUAUCUUCCCAAAGAGGGCCAAGUCCCAGUAUACCAAGAUGUGAAAGCUCUAGAGUCGUCUUCAGCCGUGGAUACGACGGAAACGGGAAAUGUUUACCAUCUCUACUUGCACAAAGUCUGCUAUUGUUCUCUCGCCGAUGGCAGCAAAGUCGCUUCCGACAUCUCUGAAAGGACAUGUAAGGGCUAUGCCGUAGUAGCUGCAGAAUUGGCAAUGGCAGCCUCUUCAAGCGACACGUCAGCGGCAAACUCCGAGUCUAUGAGUUUAGGCAGUAGAUUACUUAUCAUGGUCUCGACCACUUUGGCUAGCGUGCGAAUAGCUGUUUUUGCAUCACUCAUUGUCUCGCUUGUUGGAGCCCUUUUGUCUGCGAUAUUGGCGAUUCCAGGGAUCAUCUAUCCACACUCUCGAAUCCUAGCCUAUAUGAAUAUCAUGUGGCCACUCCUCGCAAGCACGUUU